CCUUGCAGACGGCCAAUUCUUUCACACCAGAAGCGACUCAAGUUGCUCGUGACACGGGGGGAAAAAAGCCCCUCGAAGGCGGACCAAGGAGAGGAGGGGGCUCAGAGCUAAGCAGGAAAGAGAGAAGGAGAAGGCGAGGAGGGCGAAGAGUGUGGCAGAGGCUGGAUGGUCAUUGUCGGGGUGAUUUGAAGACGGUUUUCCUGCUUCUUGGCAGAACAGGGUUGGACUGGAUGAUGGCCCAACUCUAGGAGUCUCUGCUUCUGGGAGAAGGAGGGGGAGGGGGAAGAGGAAGGCUCAAGUUGGGCGGGAAGCGGGCGCCUCCCCGUCCCUCCUCCUCUUCCUCCUUCUCGUCUCCUUCCUCGCACGGCGGCUCCGCAGGUGGGCUCCUCUCCUCUCCUCUCCUCUCGUCUCCUCGCUUCUCGCCCGCCUCUCUCCGCUGCCUGAGGCUGAGCCCGGGAAGGACGCGGCGGAGAAGGAGCCCCAGAGGAGGAGGAAGAGGAGGAAGGGGCCCCGGAUGUCCUGCGGGAGGAGGGGGAGGGGGAGGCGGGGAGGGGGCUCCGGCGGCGGAGGAUGUGCGCCCGCGCCCUUCUGCUCUGCCUCGUCCUCGCCCCGGCCGUCCAGAGCAGGGGGGAGAACGUGGAGGACUAUGACUAUGACUACCUGAGCACAAACAAGACCUGGGUCCUGGCGCCCAAAGCGCAGGAGGCCGACGCCACCCGCAUCCUGAACACUCUGCUCCAGAACUACGACAACAAGCUGAGGCCGGAUGUUGGCAUCAAGCCCACUUUCAUUGACGUUGACAUCUACGUGAACAGCAUUGGGCCGGUUUCUGUGAUCCACAUGGAGUACACCAUUGACAUCUUCUUUGCCCAAACCUGGUACGACCGGCGCCUGCGCUUCAACAGCUCCCUCCAGGCGCUGACCCUCAAUACCAACAUGGUCAGCCGCAUCUGGAUCCCAGACACCUUCUUCCGGAACUCCAAGAGAGCAGACUCACACUGGAUCACCACCCCCAACCAGCUCCUCCGGAUCUGGAGCGACGGCAAAGUGCUCUACACCCUCAGGCUGACCAUCGAAGCUGAAUGCCUUCUCCAGCUGCAGAACUUCCCCAUGGACACCCACUCCUGCCCUCUAGUCUUCUCCAGCUAUGGCUACCCAAGAGAGGAGAUCAUCUAUCGCUGGAGGAGGUACUCCAUCGAAGUCUCCGACCAGCGCACCUGGAGGCUCUAUCAGUUUGACUUCAUCGGCCUGAGGAACACGUCCGAGGUUCUGCGGACAGGGGCAGGAGACUACAUGGUCAUGACGGUCUCCUUUGACCUGAGCAGGAGGAUGGGCUACUUUGCCAUCCAGACCUACAUCCCCUGCAUCCUCACCGUGGUCCUCUCCUGGGUCUCCUUCUGGAUCAAGAGGGACUCCACUCCGGCCCGGACUUCACUUGGCAUCACCACCGUGCUGACCAUGACCACGCUGAGCACCAUCUCCCGCAAGCACCUGCCACGGGUCUCCUACAUCACGGCCAUGGACCUCUUUGUCUCUGUCUGCUUCAUCUUUGUCUUUGCCGCCCUCAUGGAAUAUGCCACUCUCAACUACCUGGUGGGGAACAAGAAGCCUCCACCACUGUGCAGCAGCAGAAGCAACCAUAAUCCAAGCAGCCGAAAUAUUAAUCGUGGCGGCGGCAGCCAUCAACAGAGCAGCAACAGUCGAGGGGGGACCAGGCUGCUGACCGGUCAUGGCCACCUAGUGCCCUCCUAUACGGCCAUCCACAUCAACAGCCUGGUCACCUGGCCACCUGACAUGGAGGAGGAGAGCGAGGAACUAGACCCAGCCGUGUCCUGCUCCUGCGCUGAAGGGGAGGAGUGCCGGCGGUUCUUCUGCUGCAUCGAGGACUGCCGGACGGGCGCCUGGCGCGAAGGCUACCUCCGUAUCCACAUCUCCCGCCUAGACUCCUACUCUCGGGUCUUCUUCCCCACCGCCUUCCUGCUCUUCAAUAUUGUCUACUGGAUGGCUUACCUCUAUCUCUAGCUCCCUUGGCAAGGACUUGCUUGGGGGCAACAAGACAGGGCCAGUGGAGUUGGGGGCGGUCACUGUGUUAUCCACCUGGCUGUGAGAGAGGGACCUCAGAGAGCAUCCAGCCCAACCCUCUGCUGGUACAGGAGGGCCUUCCGCACAGAUCCUCUGCACUCCUGUCCUGGAAACAUCUCCUGAAGGGAGGAGGUAUCCCUUCCUUUCAAGGCUGGCUGGCCAUCAGGUCAUGAAGAGGGGGAAGCCAUGCAACCACAACCCCUUUAUGCUCCAUUCUGGCACUGUUGAGGUCCGUGACUGCAAGUGUGCAUGGCAUGGGUCUUACUGGCUGAGGGAGUGUGCGGUUCAUGGGGGAAGUAGAGAAAAUGGGGAGAAGCUGUGAGGUUUGGGGACUCCUUUCCCCCUUCCCCCUGCAGGUAGACUCAGUUGGGGUCUUUCUGGAAAAAGCAGAGCCCAGCAGCUAAGGCUCUGGCCCCAGCAGGGUUGCAGGGGAAGAGGGGAGGAGGUUGCCUUUACGUUAAACCUUACAAGCUGCUCCAGUUUGCUCCCAGCCUUAUCCCAUUAACAUUUACUCCUAAUGUAAAUUACAAAUAAAUGUUUUGAGGAAGAGAGACUUUUGGAGUAAGUGUCACAUUAAAAGCCUGUCUCCAGAAGAGAUGCAGGAGGCAGGAAAGAGGCUGACAGGGCCAGCUGGGCCCCACUUUCGGAGAGCAAAUCCCAUCAAGGCCCGGGAGAUGGGCUCCGACACUGCGGAAUAUGAUCCGAAUAAUGAAGUGUCAUGUUUAAUUCAUUCAGAAUGUUUGCCUUGUGUGGUGUUGGGAAGCAGGGGUGAGAGCCUGGCGACGCUGGCAUCCUUGGCACACUGGCAUCUGCACAGGCGCCUUGGAUGGGGCCGAGCAAAGCCGUGGGUGUGAAGCAUGGAAUGGGUGUAUCAUUGAUGGCCUGCCUGGGAGGGCUCAGUUGGGAGUGGGGUGCCAUGGGCCAUGCAGGUCCCCAGCCCUUUGUCACCCGCACUGCUGUCCAUGGAGCAAGUGUCGUGCAACCCCCCCCCCCUUCCCUCUGCCUCCAUGUCUGCUUCGAAAGGUGCCAUCUUUCCAGAAAGAGUCAGCAAGACCCCUGACUAUGCUGCUGCACAUUGUGUUCAGGAACACAAUAAGUGGACAAGAGAGGAAUUCCCUUUUUCUAAACGAUAACUAAAGAUGCCUCCAAUAUUUCCUCUGGAAUAGCUUAUUGUGAUUUUCUUCAGGAACACACACCAAUGCCAUGAAUUGUGUUCUUUCCCUCAUUGCUUUAUUAUAACCAGGGCCAGCUUCAGGUUUAGGAGGGCAUGGAGCAAAAUGUGCCCAGGAGGACUCUUAUCCCCUCUAAGUGGCUGAUGUAGCUGCUCCUCUUCCUCCUCCUCCUCUUCUCCUAGGAUGCCACUGCUUCUUUGCCAGUUGCAGUGCCAGCAAGGAGGGUGCUCUUCCUCCUCCUUCCUCUGCGGGCCCAGGUGGCCAGGUGUUUGGCCUGGGAGAAGCACAGCUGGGAGGGGGCUGGUCCAGGUGCGGACACAGCUGAGGCCCCCCAGAGCCAGGCCCCCUCCCUCUUCUCUUCCCCCCCCCCUUUGCAGUCCCCCAGGCCUUUGAACAGGGAGCGGAGGCACAGGAGGCAGCAUGGCCUGCGGUGGAUCCGCCGCCCUGUCACUCACGAGGCGUUGUCCCCGGCUGCACCCUUUCCCACGCAGGUCUCCACACGCAGCUCCCUUCUCUCAGCCAUAUUUCUCCCUGUACUUUGGCCACUGCUGAAUGUGCAUCCCUCCAUCAUUUGCCAUGAAAUAAAUCUGUUUUUGCAAUUUG